CCGCGCAGGCGCGGUGAAGGAAGGAUGGCGGAGUUGGUACCUUUUGCGGUUCCCACCGAGAGUGACAAAACCUUGCUAGUGUGGGAGCUGAGCUCCGGACCCAAGGCUGAAGCUUUGCAUCAUUCUCCGUUCACAGCAUUUUCCCAGUUUGGCCUUCUGUAUUCAGUCCGGGUCUUCCCAAACGCUGCGGUGGCUCAACCUGGUUUCUAUGCGGUCAUUAGGUUUUAUUCAGCAAGAGCCCAAAAGGCAUGCGACUGGAAGCAGCUUUUUCAGACAUCUCCUGUCAAGGUUCGUCUUGGCACCAGACAUAAGGCAGUUCAACAUCAGGCCCUUCCCCUGAACAGCUCCCAAUGCCAAGAACUAGCGAAUUACUACUUCGGUUUCAAUGGAUGUUCAAAAAGGAUCAUCAGGCUGCAGGAGCUUUCUGACCUUGAAGAAAGGGAGAAUGGAGAUACCAUGGUGCCACUUCCGAAGCAAAGCCUGAAGUUCUUCUGUGCUUUAGAGGUGGUGUUGCCAUCCUGUGAUUGCAGGACUCCUGGCACUGGCUUGGUGGAGGAGCCUGUGAAUAAGAUGGAGGAAGGACCGCUAUCAUUCCUUAUGAAAAGGAAGACAGCCCAGAAGCUUGCUAUUCAGAAGGCUUUGUCAAACGCAUUCCAGAAACUGUUGAUUGUGGUUCUAGAAAGUGGUAAAAUAGCUGUGGAGUACAGACCCAGUGAAGAGAUCAUAGAUGUCAGAUGGGAAGAGGAGCUGCAUCGUUUAAUUCAAGUCAGUUGCUCUCCCUGGAAGCGGUAUGGCCAAGAGGAGAAUGAGUAUCUCUCGGAUUUCAGCUUGGAGGAGGAAGAGUUUAGGCUGCCAGAACUUGACUAGCACUUCUGAAUAUCUCGAAGCAAGGUCCCGUAACUUCCUUAGGAAGCUCUGUCAUGCCCCUACCCCACCCCACCACAACAGGCUGCUGGAGUCCUGGGACCACCUGGGUCUGCUGCCCAAAUCAUUCCUGACCAACAGGAGGGAGUGGUGUUCUGGUGGGGCAGGAAGGGAGGCUUGGGUGGGACUGUGGGUUAAGAGCGCUCUGGUGACUGUGAGGAUCUAGACCAGAGCCUAAUAACAGUUGCCUAAAUAAA